AUGGGCUUAACUACCGUCCACGAGGUCGGCCAUUGGCUCGGGCUCGUCGACGUCUACAAAGUGAAACCUUCGUGGGGGACCGCAGAAGACUUCAGCAAGGCAAGAGCGGCGUGUCUCAAACUAGAUGGCCCCUGCGAUACCCAGGUCGAGUGCCUCAACUACAUGAGCUAUGCCUCCGAUAAAUGCAAGAACGAGUUCAACCCCGAACAGAUUCGAUUUAUGAAGACCUAUGCCAAGGAAAUGCUAGCAGGCGGAACCCCUCAGCCUAUUGAGAUUGAUCUGUAG